GAGCGUCUGAGGAGGCGCGGGGCCGCGGGCGGACGGUGCAGGCGGGCUGAGACGCCGCACGGCAGCACCGGGCUGCGGACGCCCGGGACGGGCUCAGGGAACCGCUCAUCCCCGACCGAUGUCCUCAAGAUGGAGGCGGCGGGGGCGACGGCGUGAGGAGGGCGGCGCGGAGAGCGCGGGAGCAGGCCGGCGGGCGUCCGGGGCGGCGGGAUGGGGCUGCUGCUCCUGAUCCUGGCGUCGGCCGUGCUGGGCUCGUUCCUCACGCUGCUCGCACAGUUCCUGCUGCUCUACCGCAGGCCGCCCGAGCCGCGGGCGGACGAGGCGGCCCGCGCGGGCGACGGCUUUCGCUACCUCAAGCCCGUGCCGGGCCUGUCCCUCAGGGAGUACCUCUAUGGCGGCGGCGGCGGCGGCGAGGAGCCCGGGGCGGCCGGGUCCUCCGAGGCCGGCGCUAGCACGACCCCGACCUCGACCCCGACCGCGACCCCGACCCCGGACAGCCCUGCGGCCCCUCCGACGCGGGAGACCUGCUACUUCCUCAACGCCACCAUCCUGUUCCUCUUCCGGGAGCUGCGGGACACGGCGCUCGCCCGCCGCUGGGUCACCAAGAAGAUCAAGGUGGAGUUCGAGGAGCUGCUGCAGACCAAGACGGCCGGCCGCCUGCUGGAGGGGCUGAGCCUGCGCGACGUGUUCCUGGGCGACACGGUGCCCUUCGUCAAGACCAUCCGACUGGUGCGGCCCGUGGCGGCCUCGGCCUCGGGCCCGGGCGAGCCCGACGGCGGCCCCGACGGCGGCGACGCGCUGCCCGCCACCUGCCCCGAGGAGCUGGCCUUCGAGGCGGAGGUGGAGUACAGCGGCGGCUUCCACCUGGCCAUCGACGUGGACCUGGUGUUCGGCAAGUCCGCCUACCUGUUCGUCAAGCUGUCGCGGGUGGUGGGGAGGCUGCGCUUCGUCCUCACCCGGGUGCCCUUCACCCACUGGUUCUUCUCCUUCGCGGAGGACCCGCUGAUCGACUUCGAGGUGCGCUCCCAGUUCGAGGGGCGGCCCAUGCCCCAGCUCACCUCCAUCAUCGUCAACCAGCUCAAGAAGAUCAUCAAACGCAAGCACACCCUGCCCAGCUACAAGAUCAGGUUUAAGCCGUUUUUUCCAUACCAAGCCUUGCAAGAAUUUGAAGAAGAUGAAGAACUUAUCCAUAUUCAACAGUGGGCACUUACUGAAGGCCGGCUUAAAGUUACUUUGUUAGAGUGUAGCAGGUUACUCAUUUUUGGAUCCUAUGAUAGAGAAGCAAAUGUUCAUUGCACACUUGAGUUGAGCAGUGGUGUUUGGGAAGAAAAACAAAGGAGUUCUAUUAAGACGUUUUAUGAUGGUGGUGCGCACUUUAUUUCAUGCCCUCCAGAGAAGAGGAGCCACUCCUGCCCAAGUCCUUUGUCCUGUGUCUUCAGGAGGAACUGUAACAAGGUUGAAUUAGUAAAAGGGAAUUUACAAAGUGUUGGACUUACACUUCGUCUUGUUCAGUCAACUGAUGGGUAUGCUGGGCAUGUCAUAAUUGAAACCGUGGCCCCAAACUCACCUGCUGCGAUUGCAGAUCUUCAGCGAGGAGAUCGGCUCAUUGCUAUUGGAGGUGUGAAAAUCACAUCGACCCUGCAGGUGUUAAAACUCAUCAAGCAGGCUGGGGACCGAGUCCUGGUGUACUACCAGAGACCUGUGGGCCAGAGUAACCAAGGGGCAGUGCUGCAAGACAGUCUGGGCCAGUUGGAAGAAAACUUCUUGUCAAGCUCCUGCCAGCCAGGUUAUGAGGAGGAAGCUUCUGGGUUGUCGGUGGAUACUGAGAACAGAGACCUGGAUUCUGAAUUUGAAGACUUGGCAAGUGAUGUCAGAGUACAAACAGAGUUCAAAGAGGACCCACAACUGUCAAGUCAUAGUCCCAAACGCACUCCAACAACACUCUCUAUUAAACCCCUUGGCGCUAUAUCCCCAGUUUUAAAUCGUAAACUAGUUUCAGGAGUCCAUCCACCACCACAGAAACUUCCAUCUAAAGAAGGAAACAAACCAUCGGCUCUAAAAACUUCCGAGGCCACAGAAGCAGCACCAGUGUCCAAACCCCAAGGACCCCCUUUCAAACCACCUGUGCCACCACGGCCACAGGUGAAAAUUCCUUUGCCUUCCACUGACUGUGCCCCCACUCAGGCCGACCUGGAAGCUGUUGAAAAGCCGGAGAAGGUGCUGCUCCCUCCUCCACCUGCAGAGAAACCUGCUGAGAAGCAGGGGAAAAUCGUGGAUCACGGGGAAGAUGUGGCAGCAGGGAAGCAGUCUUCAGCAAAACAAGAAGUAGUGAAGGAUCUUCCUGCAGAAAGUUGUGGGCCUACGAAGGACACUUCAGAUGACCAUCAGAUGUGGGAGUCGUCAGAGGUUCUUUAUCGUAAUAAGGUAGGAAAGUGGUCAAGGACCAGAGCAUCCUGCUUGUUUGACAUAGAAGCCUGCCACAGGUACCUGAAUAUUGCACUCUGGUGCAGGGAUCCUUUCAAGUUAGGAGGCCUCAUCUGUUUGGGGCAUGUUAGUUUAAAACUUGAAGAGGUGGCUUUAGGAUGCCUAGCUACAUCAAACAUGGAAUACCUGUCAAAGUUCAGACUGGAAGCCCCUGCUCCUAAGGCCAUGGUCACUAGAACUGCACUACGCAAUCUGAGUAUGCAAAAGGGCUUCAAUGACAAAUUUUGUUAUGGUGACAUUACUGUUCAUUUCAAAUAUUUGAAAGAAGGAGAACCAGAUCACCACAUAGUUCCUAAUGUAGAGAAAGAAAAAGAACUCCAUUUGGUUGAGGAAGUUCCUACACUCCCUAAAGAGGAGCAUUUUGUGGGACAGAUGAAUUUGUCAGAAAAUAAACAUAGUUUCCAAGACACUCAGUUCCAAAACCCAACUUGGUGUGAUUACUGUAAGAAAAAAGUUUGGACAAAAGCGGCUUCCCAGUGUAUGUUCUGUGCUUAUGUUUGUCAUAAAAAGUGUCAAGAAAAGUGUCUAGCUGAGACGCCUCUUUGUGGAGCAACUGAGAGGCGAAUAGAUCGUACCCUGAAAAACCUCAGGCUAGAAGGACAGGAGCCGCUCAUGGGCCUUCCUCCUCGUGUUGAGAUGGAAGCUAACAAGUCAGUCCAUAAAACAACAGGUUUGACAAGGCACAUCAUUAAUACUAGCUCUCGUUUACUAAAUUUGCGUCAAGUCUCUAAAACUCGCCUUUCUGAACCAGGAACAGAUCUUGUGGAACCAUCACCAAAGCACACACCCAACACAUCCGACAAUGAAGGCAGUGACACAGAGGUGUGUGGUCCCAACAGUCCUUCCAAACGAGGACACAGUGCGGGAAUAAAGUUAGUGAAAAAGGAAGGUGGGUUGGAUGACAGUGUUUUCAUUGCAGUUAAAGAAAUCGGCCGUGAUCUGUAUAGAGGCUUGCCAACAGAAGAAAGGAUCCAAAAGCUAGAGUUCAUGCUGGAUAAACUGCAGAAUGAAAUUGAUCAGGAGUUAGAACACAAUAAUUCCCUUGUAAGAGAAGAAAAGGAAACAACUGAUACAAGGAAAAAAUCCCUUCUUUCUGCUGCGUUGACUAAAUCAGGUGAAAGACUGCAAGCUCUGACACUUCUGAUGAUCCACUACAGAGCAGGCAUUGAAGACAUUGAGACCUUGGAAAGCCUGUCUUUAGACCAGCACUCGAAAAAAAUGAGCAAGUACACAGAUGACACAGAAGAAGACCUUGACAGUGAAAUAAGCCAACUGAUAGACUCUCAGCCAUUCAGCAGCAUCUCAGAUGACUUGUUUGGCCCAUCCGAGUCUGUGUGACAAACUGUUUAAACUCUGGGUGGUUGGGGACAAAUGCAUCUGGAAUGCCACGGGUAUAGCCAUGUUUCAGUUCUCUCAUGGUGCACUUUGGCCUGCUUCUACAGUUACUUGCUUGUAAAGAGUGAAAGGUGGUUUUCCGGCAGAAACAUGUAACGAGCUCACCAGAUUGGUGUUUGGAUUGUGUGUAUACUUAAUGGUUUGGGGGUUUAUACUGGGAAUUGGGUUUUAUUAAUUUAUUUUUAACCUUUUCUAAUUAUGUAAGCUAACUUUGUGUUUAUCAAUGUGUGAUGUCUCACUGUCAUUUUUUUUUUUUCCUUCCUCCUGGUUUUUGAAUUAAUGUUGAGUCAGAAGCUGUCCAGAGUCCUGAAAUAUUUUCAUUCUCAUUUUUAUCACGGUUCUAGCAGCAGAUUUGUUGCAUGCCUAAAUUGACAAUAGUGAUCAUUGAGGGAGCAGGUUUGAGUCUUCUUUUGUCUGUGUUGUGGGGUUUGUCAUCUGCACUUGCUUGAGGUUUUUGUUAUAUAGGGUUUGGGGGAUUUUUGUUUUGUUUUCUUUUGCUGUUGUUGCCAAAUAUAAAUGAAAGUGGACCCUACAGCUUUAAAAAUGUUAUGCUGAUUUAGUUUUUUUUUUACAUAUAUUGCUUGCUUACACUUCUGUGAUAUUUUUAAGGCUUUUACGCAGCUGAAGUAUAGUGAAAUUAAGUAAUUAGCUAGAAGUUGCAUUGAAUAGAGGAUAAAUGCAAAAUCUAGUUGGUCAAGAAUUUUGUAGAUUGGGUAACAGGAUUUUAUUAUUGAAGAACAGUAACCAGUAGGAUUUUUAAAUAUCUCUCAAAUGUUGAUGCUUUCCUUUUAAAUGAGCACUCGUGAUGAUUUUUUUCAUCUUUGGUUCUCCCAUAGGAAAUAAAGCAUGUGCAAGGAUAUUAGAGUUUCACAGGACUUGUUCUGACAAUGGCUGCAUUGAUAACUGGCUUUGUUUGAAAAAAAUUUAAUGUAGAAAUAUGAUGUGGAGGACAAUUAUACAAAAUGUUUACUAUAUCAUUUAGUGUCUUGUGGCCUUAAAGGAAUGUCAGUCAUUCUGAAUACUUUAGUAGUUCAGACCAUCUUCAUUCAUUGUAAAGAAAAAUAAAGAUAGACAGUGUACAUAGUACUUGGGGCUAGUUCCUCAAAAUGAAGGCCUGCUAUGACACUGGGUUCAUAUAAUGGAUGCUGGUAACACACAACUGAGAGAAAUAUGUGAGCUUGACCCCUAUUGAUAUAUCUUGAAAAGUCUGAGCCUGUUAUACCUGAAUUCCCUUUUACAAUAACUACUAUGAUAUCACAUAAACCAACUGAAUUUAAAACUAUGGAACAGCUCUUUGGCAGCAGGAAAAUUCAUAGUAUAAUAGUAAAAGACUGGCCCAUCUGUAGCCCCAACUCCACCAGGAGUUUAAGGUCAAGCUUUUUAGUGAGCUCUGUAGCCACAGGCAGGUUACAAAGGGUCACACAGCUUCUCCAUCUCUACAGGUACUUACUCUACCUCACGGAGCCAUUGUGAGGCAAACAGGAGCAUAACUGCAAAAGUGCUUUGAACAGUAAAAAGCUGUAAAAACAAAAGGUAUUAUAUAAGAAAAGCACUGCUGAGUGUAGAAAGUUAUUCCAGUUUUAAACUCAGUAGCGAACUCUCAUUCCUGUUAUUAAGUGACAUAUUAGGACACUAGACACAAACCUGUCUUUGGCAGAUUUAUAGAAAAGACUGUAUCUGUGUAAUCCCCACCCCACUCCUGCUUUUUUUAUCGUUUAUUUAAGCAUGCUCACAAUUUAAAAGAACAACGUAAUAGAAAACUUUCCACAACAAAUCCCAGAAGCUAAAAUGUUGUUCCACAUCUUAUGCUUGAAACAAUCUGCUGAUAUUAUAUAGCCAUGUUUCAUCUUGUAAGCAGUAACUUGCCAUUGCUACUAAAGAUGAUGUGUCUGUAAGUGGCUGGUGUGCUUAUGGGUCAGACCAUGGAAGUUUCAGUGAUGCCCAAGCAUGCUCCUGCGCUGACCCACUUGAAAAAGAGCUGUAGAAAUAAUGCAAAGCUUUAGUUCUGAGAAUCUACUCAUGCUUUCACGUAUUUAUCUCUGUAGAACCACAAUCAUGGAAAGCUCAACACUGCUGCUAAUGAUGUUUGUAAACUAUACCUUUAAAUGUAGUGCAAUAUUUUUCUAUUGGGAGAGACCAUAGGGGCAUCACAGUUGUACUUUAGAGCAGGGAAGGAGGGGAAACUCCAAAUAUCCUAGAGCAUAGUAAGGGAUAAAGGCUUCAAUUUAAAAGGUUGUAUUAUAUUACAUUACUCAUGUAAUCUUGCUGCCAUGCUAUGUUAUCUAUAGCUAAAAUAACAAUAAAGACUACCACAGAAAAUAA